AUGUUGAAAGCUAGACAUUCCCAUCAUCGAGUGAAUUAUCCACUGCCACAUGAAUUUUUCGAGCUUGGGGGGUCGUAUGAUGAACUGGCUGAAGGUGUCUACAACAAGGUUAAGGACGCUACUUUCAAUGGUGCUCUUCAUGCUUUUAGUCAAAGGGAAAAAAAAAGAGGAGCUACUACCACCAGCCACGACCAUCAUCCGACCAUGUUCGGGCAUAUGGUUGGUCGAGGAGGGUCAUUUGGAGCUCCUCUAUCGGCUAGUACGGAUAGUGUCGGCCACGACGACCAAUAG